AUGUUUGCAACGGGUGCAUUCAAUCAAUUUCCAAUGGGUUUUCAAUAUCCCGGACAACAACAACAACAACAACAACAACCACCAACAUCCAUCUAUCAAUCACAAUAUAAUGGAUUUAAUCGACAAAUUCCAAUGCCUUUUCAACAAACACCAUUACCACGUGGGCAAUCAUUACCACGUGGACAAUCAUUACCAGCAUCUACUAGACAAAAUCAACUAUUGAAUAGACAAAAUCCGCCAUCGAGUCGACAAAAUCCACCAUCUAAUGGUGCUUAUGCUCCAAAACCGUCUCGACGAUAUGAGCAAUAUCCACCAUCAGUUCCAGUUCAUCAGUAUGAAUAUGGUAAUAAUUAUGCGCUACAAAGUAAGUUUUUUAUUUUAAAUUUCUUAUCUUAA